CGAGCCUUCCGCGACCGCUCCGAUCAAGGAAGAAUCGAAGAAACGCGCUUUUCGCCAGCUAACCAAAUUUUAAUUAACCAUUAGUCGAGUGCCAUGUGAUAGCCCACACUAUGGGGAAAAGUCGGUGGUUGGUUGGGUGUUUUAUUCUUGUGGUGCUCUUUUUCAACGACGGAUUUUGUAUUCGGUGGUUAUCACUCCAACACUCAAAUCUGCAUUGGAACCUCACGUCGCUAAACAACAAUCCAGGCAGAGGUAUAAGAUCGGGAGUUCGAUCACCCUGUGCCGUGGCAAGAAGGCGUUAUGGCUUCGCCAAAGUCCAGGCGAAGCUGUGCCGUAACGCAAUGGAAGCUAUGCCGCACGUCCAAGCAGCUGCUUUGCUGGCUUCGGAAACGUGCCGCACAAUUUUUAAGGACAGAAGAUGGAACUGUUCCUCCAUCACCACUGCACCGUAUCUUACGCCGGACUUAACCAGAGCAACGAGAGAACAGGCAUACGCCUACGCAAUUAGUUCAGCAGCUUUGACCUACACUAUGGCAAGGGCUUGCGCCAGUGGUGCCUUGUACCACUGUACUUGUGCCAGCAAGCCCAAUGAACCUCCAAGUGGUAAUUUCCAAUGGGGUGGCUGUGGAGACAACCUAAAGUGGGCGACGCAUUUCGCCAAGCGAUUUAUUGAUAACGCAGAAAAAUACAUGGCUGAGAAAUCCAAGAAGAACGUCAAAAGAGAUAUGUUACAGAGCAGUGAGGAUGCACUGAACAAUGAACUAGCAGCAGUGAAUUUGCACAACAACAAAAUUGGAAGAAAGGUUAUUGGUGAAAGUUUGAGGAUACAGUGCAAAUGCCAUGGAGUUUCUGGUUCAUGUAACAUAAAAACGUGCUGGAAGGCUUUGCCAUCUAUGAUGGAUAUAGGCGCAAGACUUCUUCAAAAAUACACCAACGCCAAGGAAGUUCCCAAGAUAAAUGCGGAGGGGAAGGCUUUAAGUAUGGCUUUCAACAAAAAACAGACGUCGGAUCAAUUAAUUUUCUUCACAAAGUCGCCAGAUUAUUGUACAAAAGACGAAAGAUUGGGCAGCCUGGGCACAGUUGGAAGGGAAUGCAACGUCACAUCAAACAGUCCCAACAGCUGCCGCCAACUAUGUUGCGGAAGAGGAUACAGAACAGUAGUUGAGGAAAAAAUUGAAAGAUGCAAAUGCAAAUAUUAUAACUGCUGCUACGUUAAAUGCAAAAUAUGUAGAACUAUGACCCAAAGACAUGAGUGCAGCUAGAUUAUAGAUCUCAUCUUUCGUCAUUAAAUGUGCAUGAUGUAAUGAGCAGCUCCAUAACAAUAGAAACGGUUUUAUACUUUUAGAGUUAAAGAUAAGAAGCCGUACUGUACUGGGCAUUGCUAAGUUAAUGAAGAAUUUGCUUUAUACAUUAGCAUAGGUACUACAAACUCUUUAAAUGUGUAAAACAUGAAAAUAUUAACGACUUGUUAAUGCCAUUAAACGUCUACUAAAAAUGCGGAUUUUCC